CUCCUGCCCAGGCCCCGCCCCCGCCCGCCUCCUCAAGCCCCGCCCCGCUCUGCAGUCCUCGCGGCCUCUGCGUCUUCCUUCCGGGUCGCGCGGGGCCGGGCCCGCUGCCGUUCCGCCGCCGCGCGAGAGUCUGGGGGCCCCCCCCGCGCCCAGGCCUCCCUCCGCGCCGCCUUGUCGCUGGUGAAGCCCGCGGCGCGCGCCUCUCCCGGACCCCGCAGGGUAAAAGAAUGCCACAUUUCAGCAUUUGUACCUGAAAUCAGCAUGCAAGUUUCAGGCUACAUGGAUGAGUGCCAACUUUUGCAUUUCCCAUGUGUAUCCUGUGACCAUUAUGUCUGGGAACAUCCUUCAAAGAGUUCAUGCAUCUUACUGAGGACACCUGACCUUUUGAAGCUUCAUAAUUCACAUCUAGAUGUCACCAGUCUUUCCCAUGUUAACAGUUCUGACUAUGUUUUAUUAUAUAUGCCUUCGGCGCCGAGCCAGAACAGCUACGAGAGGAGAAAUGAUGAACAGCCAUAGAACUAUAGAAUCAAACAACCGAACUUCCCCUCUCAAUGCAGAGGUGGUCCAAUAUGUCAAAGAAGUGGUGGAUUUCAGUUCCCAUUAUGGAAGUGAGAAUAGUAUGUCCUAUACCAUGUGGAAUUUGUCAGGUGUGCCAAAUGUGUUCCCAAGUUCUGGUGACUUUACUCAAACAGCAGUGUUUCGAACUUAUGGGACAUGGUGGGAUCAGUGUCCUAGUGCUUCCUUGCCAUUCAAGAGGACAUCACCUAAUUUCCAGAGCCAGGACUAUGUGGAACUUACUUUUGAACAACAGGUGUAUCCUACAGCUGUUCAUGUUCUAGAAACCUAUCAUCCUGGAGCAGUCAUUAGAAUUCUGGCUUGUUCUGCAAAUCCCUAUUCCCCAAGUCCACUAGCUGAAGUAAGAUGGGAGAUUCUUUGGUCAGAGCGACCUACGAAGGUGAAUGCUUCCCAGGCUCGCCAGUUUAAACCUUGUAUUAAGCAGAUAAAUUUUCCCACAAAUCUUAUACGACUGGAAGUAAAUAGUUCUCUUCUGGAUUAUUACACUGAAUUAGAUGCAGUUGUGCUACAUGGUACGAAGGAUAAGCCAGUACUUUCUCUCAAGACUUCACUUGUUGACAUGAAUGAUCUGGAAGACGACAUCUGUGAAGAAAAGGAUGGUUGUGGAAUGGACAAUCUUAACAAAAAGUUUAGCAGUGCUGUCCUCAGGGAAGAGCCAAAUAAUGGGUAUUUUGAUAAACUACCUUAUGAGCUCAUUCAACUGAUUCUGAAUCAUCUUACGAUACCAGAUCUGUGCAGAUUAGCGCAGACUUGCAAACUGCUAAACCAGCACUGCUGUGAUCCUCUACAAUACAUCCACCUCAAUCUGCAGCCAUACUGGGCAAAACUAAAUGACACCUCUCUGGAAUUUCUACAGGCUCGAUGCACUCUUGUCCAGUGGCUUAAUUUAUCUUGGACUGGUAAUAGGGGCUUUAUCUCUGUUGCAGGAUUUAGCAGGUUUCUGAAGGUCUGUGGAUCUGAAUUAGUACGCCUUGAAUUAUCUUGCAGCCACUUCCUAAAUGAAACUUGCUUGGAGGUUAUUUCUGAGAUGUGUCCCAAUCUACAGGAUUUAAAUCUCUCCUCCUGUGAUAAACUACCACCUCAGGCUUUCAACCACAUUGCCAAGUUGUGCAGUCUUAGACGACUUGUUCUCUAUCGAACAAAAGUAGAGCAAACAGCCCUGCUCAGCAUUUUGAACUUCUGUUCAGAGCUUCAGCACCUCAGUUUGGGCAGUUGUGUAAUGAUUGAGGACUAUGAUGUGAUCGCUAGCAUGAUGGGAGCCAAGUGUAAAAAACUCCGGACCCUGGAUCUGUGGAGAUGUAAGAAUAUUACUGAGAAUGGAAUAGCAGAACUGGCUUCCGGAUGUCCACUUCUGGAGGAACUUGACCUCGGCUGGUGCCCAACUCUGCAGAGCAGUACCGGGUGCUUUGCUAGACUGGCACGCCAGCUCCCACACUUGCAAAAACUCUUUCUUACAGCUAACAGGUCUGUAUGUGACACAGACAUUGAAGAGUUGGCAUGUAAUUGUACCAGAUUACAGCAACUGGACAUACUAGGAACAAGAAUGGUAAGUCCAGCAUCCUUAAGAAAACUCCUGGAAUCUUGUAAAGAUCUUUCCUUACUUGAUGUGUCCUUCUGUUCGCAGAUUGAUAUCAGAGCUGUACUAGAACUAAACGCAAACUUUCCGAAAGUGUUCAUAAAAAAGAGCUUUACUCAGUGACUUAAUUCUGUAAUAAAAUUAAUGUGCUUUUGUAAGGUUUGUUUUGGGGUUGGUCUUGGUUUUUGUUUAGCUUAGUUUUUAUAAUGAUGAGAAUUAAGACAUCUAUAGAUUUUGAAGGAAAAUAUGAAAUUGUCCAUUAAAUUAAGGUAAAAUGUACACAGAUGUUUUCACAAGAUAUUGUAAGCACUUUUCUUCAAGAAUAUGUGAGUGGCUGAUAUUACUUUUACCUUACAUUAAUCAGUGAUAUUAUGCUUUAAUUAAUAAUUAUAUGACUAAUAAAAUGAUAAUGUGGAAACAUGUUAACUUAUUUUUAAAGGAACACUGAGCAAUAAAGUAUCAUAUUUAUGCAAAAA